AUGGAAGAGCCUGUCGUGAUUGACAACGCGGCGACGACGACGACGGUGCUGCCGGCGGUCGCGCCCCCAGAGGCCAAGUUGCCGGCCGCUGCGAGCGACAAGGAGUUGAUGCCAUCGGCAGGCGGAGGAGCAUCGACGGCGACGGCAGAAGCAGCCGACUCAACGGCGCCGGCCGAGCGCGAGGAGAAGGCAGAGGCGUCGGAGACCAAGGCGACGAGGGCGCCCGAGGAGCCGCCCGCGCAACAACCACAGGCUCCCACGCCCCCGGCCGAACAGGAGCUGAGCCCGUCGCAGACGCUGGGCAAGAAGACGUCUCCGUCUGUUCAGCAGCAGCAGCAGCAACCGGGUCUCCGCAACGGGAUGCCCCCAAUGUGA